AUGGAACCAGAAUCUAGAAUUCACCGAUCUCCUAAUCCUUCCCAGCUUUCAUGGCUAACUCUCUCCAGGAAUCUACUAUUGGCAUAUCAAAGCUUUGGAGUAGUGUAUGGAGACCUAAGUACUUCACCUCUGUACGUUUAUACAAACACAUUUGCUGGGAAGUUGCAGAAACAUCUGACCGAGGAAGUAAUUUUUGGUGCAUUUUCCUUGAUUUUCUGGACCCUUACAUUGAUACCUUUGAUCAAGUAUGUCUGUACCCUAUUGAGCGCAGAUGAUAAUGGUGAAGGCGGCACAUUUGCUCUUUACUCGUUGCUUUGCAGGCAUGCAAAGUUUAGCUUACUUCCCAAUCAACAAGCAGCUGAUGAGGAGCUCUCAUCUUACAAAUAUGGCCCCCCAACACAGCCUAUGGCCUCCUCUCCAUUGAAGAGAUUUUUGGAAAAGCACAAAAGGCUGCGGACUGCCCUACUUGUUGUCGUCUUGUUUGGUGCUUGCAUGGUCAUAGGUGAUGGCGUGCUUACUCCAGCAAUAUCUGUUUUAUCAGCGGUAUCUGGGCUACAAGUUGCUGACAAUAAUUUGACUAAGGGUGAAAUUGUUUUGCUUGCCUGCGUCAUUUUGGUCGGCCUCUUUGCUCUGCAGCAUUGUGGCACUCGCAAGGUUGCCUUUAUAUUUGCGCCAAUUGUAAUCAUCUGGUUGGUGUCAAUUCUCUCCAUUGGACUGUACAACAUUGUUCAUUGGAACCCAAAGAUUGUUCGUGCUUUGUCACCUCAUUACAUUAUAAAAUUCUUUAGCCAGACUGGUAAAGAUGGUUGGAUUUCACUUGGAGGGGUCCUUCUUUCCAUAACUGGCACUGAAGCAAUGUUUGCUGAUCUUGGUCAUUUCACUGCCUUAUCUAUUAGGCUUGCUUUUGCAUUGGUCAUUUACCCUUGUUUGGUUGUACAAUACAUGGGUCAGGCUGCUUUUUUAUCUAAAAAUCCCAACUCCAUUUCAAACAGUUUCUAUGACUCGAUACCUGACCCUGUAUUUUGGCCUGUAUGUGUUAUUGCCACCCUUGCUGCUAUUGUUGCGAGUCAGGCUGUUAUUACUGCCACUUUCUCUAUUGUUAAACAAUGCCAUGCCCUUGGAUGUUUUCCGCGAGUUAAAGUUGUUCACACCUCGAAACACAUAUAUGGGCAGAUCUACAUCCCAGAAAUAAACUGGAUCCUCAUGGUCCUUACCCUUGCUAUAACUAUUGGAUUUCAAGACACAACUUUCAUUGGAAAUGCUUAUGGACUUGCAUGCAUGACAGUUAUGUUUGUCACAACAUUUCUCAUGGCACUGGUCAUAAUCUUCGUUUGGCAGAAGAGUGUCAUUCUGGCUGCAUGUUUCCUUCUAUUCUUUGGGUUUAUUGAGGGUGUCUACUUGUCAGCGGCCCUCAUUAAAGUUCCCCAGGGAGGAUGGGCCCCUCUUGUGCUCUCAGCCAUUUUUAUGCUUAUUAUGUACAUUUGGCAUUAUGGGACUCGCAAGAAGUACAACUUUGAUCUGCACAACAAAGUUUCAUUAAAAUGGUUACUAGGCUUGGGCCCCAGCCUUGGCAUUGUCCGCGUACCGGGGAUAGGUCUCAUAUACUCUGAAUUGGCUACUGGUGUUCCUGCAAUCUUCUCCCACUUUGUAACAAAUCUCCCUGCAUUUCACAAGGUUUUAGUUUUUGUUUGUGUAAAAUCAGUCCCUGUUCCGUAUGUUUCCCCUGAAGAACGCUUCCUCAUUGGCCGAGCAUGCCCAAGACCAUAUCGCAUGUAUAGGUGCAUAGUGAGGUAUGGCUACAAGGACAUCCAGCGGGAUGAUGGAGACUUUGAGAACAAGCUUAUACAGAGCAUAGCAGAGUUCAUUCAAAUGGAAGCAGUUGGGCCACAAUUCUAUUCAUCUGAGAUUCCAUCCCUUGAUGGCAGGAUGGCUGUUAUGAGCACCAGACCUGUCCAAUCUAGCUUGAGUUUAAUAGCAUCCGAGCAGGACUUUCUUAGCGUUGAUGACUCUAUCCGAAGUAGCAGAUCUUUAACCCUCCAGAGCCUGCGAUCUGCUUAUGAUGAGGAUAAUCCUCAGAUCAGUAGGCGCCAUGUGAGGUUUCAGCUGCCACCAAAUCCUGGGAUGGAUCCUGCAGUCAAGGAAGAGCUGAUGGAUUUGAUCCAGGCAAAGGAAGCAGGGGUAGCCUAUAUAAUGGGGCAUUCAUAUGUGAAGAGUAGGAGAACUUCCUCAUUCCUUAAAAAACUAGCUAUUGAUAUUGGGUAUUCAUUUCUUCGUAAGAAUUGCAGGGGCCCUGCUGUGGCACUAAACAUUCCCCACAUCAGCCUUAUUGAAGUUGGCAUGAUAUAUUAUGUGUAA